CAGCAAAACACAAAUAGGCUUUUUAUUGAUCCUUAGAUUUUUUUUUCUCUCUCUAAAAUUUCUGUCGAAUUUUGAAUCAAUGGCGGGAAAGGGCGAAGGUCCGGCAAUUGGGAUAGAUUUGGGAACGACCUACUCGUGUGUGGGAGUUUGGCAGCACGACCGUGUCGAGAUUAUAGCCAACGAUCAAGGAAACCGAACCACGCCGUCCUACGUGGCGUUCACCGACAGCGAGCGGCUCAUCGGAGAUGCCGCCAAAAAUCAGGUCGCCAUGAACCCGGUCAACACCGUCUUCGAUGCUAAGAGGUUGAUUGGCCGCAGAUUUAGUGAUCCAUCGGUGCAGGCGGAUAUGAAAUUGUGGCCGUUUAAGGUUAUUCCCGGCCCCGCUGAGAAGCCGAUGAUUGUUGUUAGCUACAAAGGCGAAGAGAAACAGUUUGCUGCAGAAGAAAUCUCAUCCAUGGUGCUCAUAAAAAUGAGGGAAAUCGCCGAGGCGUAUCUCGGAAAAACGAUAAAGAACGCAGUCGUCACGGUGCCUGCUUAUUUCAACGAUUCUCAAAGACAGGCCACAAAGGAUGCUGGAGUGAUCGCCGGGCUUAAUGUACUGAGGAUAAUUAACGAGCCCACUGCUGCCGCCAUUGCCUAUGGUUUGGACAAGAAAGCCAGCAGCGCGGGUGAGAAGAAUGUGCUUAUCUUCGAUCUCGGUGGCGGUACUUUUGAUGUGUCUCUUCUGACAAUCGAAGAGGGAAUCUUUGAAGUGAAAGCAACUGCCGGUGACACUCAUCUCGGAGGAGAGGAUUUCGAUAACAGAAUGGUGAACCAUUUUGUGCAGGAGUUCAAGAGGAAGAACAAAAAGGAUAUUGGUGGGAAUCCAAGAGCUCUUAGGAGGUUGAGAACUGCUUGCGAAAGGGCGAAGAGGACCCUUUCUUCGACCGCGCAGACCACAAUCGAGAUCGAUUCUUUGUUUGAGGGUAUAGAUUUCUAUACCACCAUUACCCGUGCGAGAUUCGAAGAGCUUAACAUGGAUUUGUUCAGGAAGUGCAUGGAGCCGGUUGAGAAGUGUUUGAGGGAUUCGAAAAUGGACAAGAGCAGUGUUGAUGAUGUGGUCCUUGUUGGCGGUUCGACUAGGAUACCGAAGGUGCAACAGUUGUUGCAGGACUUCUUCAAUGGCAAAGAGCUCUGCAAGAGCAUCAACCCCGACGAGGCAGUUGCUUACGGUGCUGCUGUACAGGCUGCGAUCUUGAGCGGUGAAGGCAAUGAGAAGGUGCAGGACCUUCUUCUUCUGGAUGUCACUCCUUUGUCUCUUGGUCUCGAGACAGCUGGAGGUGUGAUGACUGUGCUCAUUCCGAGGAACACGACAAUCCCUACGAAGAAAGAGCAGGUUUUCUCGACUUAUUCGGACAAUCAGCCUGGAGUUUUGAUCCAGGUUUACGAAGGUGAAAGAACUAGGACGAGAGAUAACAAUUUGCUAGGGAAAUUUGAGCUUUCAGGCAUUCCACCGGCUCCAAGGGGUGUUCCUCAAAUAACGGUCUGCUUCGACCUCGAUGCAAACGGUAUCCUAAAUGUGUCGGCCGAGGACAAAACCACCGGCCAGAAGAACAAAAUUACGAUCACCAAUGAUAAGGGCCGACUUUCAAAGGAAGAAAUUGAAAAGAUGGUUCAAGAAGCUGAGAAGUACAAGUCCGAGGAUGAGGAGCACAAGAAGAAGGUUGAAGCAAAGAAUGCGCUCGAGAACUACGCAUACAACAUGAGGAACACGAUCAAAGACGAAAAGAUCGCGUCGAAGCUUGGGGUGGAUGACAAGAAGAAAGUCGAAGAUGCUAUCGAGGGAGCUAUUCAAUGGUUGGAUGCUAAUCAGCUCGGUGAGGCUGAUGAAUUUGAAGAUAAGAUGAAGGAGCUCGAGGGCAUUUGCAACCCGAUUAUUGCUAAGAUGUAUCAGGGUGCCGGUGGUGCUGACAUGGCUGGCGGCAUGGACGAGGAUGGCCCGUCGGCUGGCGGCAGCAGCGGCGGUGCAGGCCCCAAGAUUGAAGAAGUUGAUUAAGAAAAUGCAGUCUUUUGGAGAUGUAGCAAGGGUGUUGGUUUUUUUGAUUUUAUUUCUGUUUUCAGCGUUUCUUUAUUUUCUUUUUUCUUUUUGUUUUAGCUCAAUUAAAUAGUUAAAAUGGAUGGAAGUUUUGUUGAGCAUAAAUCUUAUUUCAUGUGAAUCAGUAACUUCUUUUUA